CCCAGGUUCAUAAAGUCAGUCUGAAGCAGGUGCUUCAGUCAAAGAGGAGCGACUCCAGAAACUCUCCUGUUCUCUGGUCACACUCUCGGCCAAGAUGUCUCAAGAUUACUUUGGAUGGUCCCUCACGAGGAGCAACGUGAGGAGCAACACGACCACGACUGUGGCCCUGAACAAUGCAGCAGAUAUCUCCGUCAUUGUGAUUUACUUUCUGGUUGUGCUGGCUGUCGGAGUAUGGGCGAUGCUUCGCACCAACCGAUCCACUGUUGGUGGCUUCUUCCUCGCAGGGAGGAGCAUGGUGUGGUGGCCGAUCGGAGCGUCGCUAUUCGCCAGCAACAUCGGCAGUGGCCACUUUGUGGGAAUCGCUGGGACUGCAGCGGCCUCAGGAAUAGCCAUUGGUGGAUUUGAAUGGAAUGCUCUCAUCGUGGUCGUCAUUCUGGGAUGGAUCUUUGUGCCCAUCUACAUUAAAGCUGAGAUCGUCACCAUGCCCGAAUACCUGAAGAGGAGGUUUGGGGGUCAUCGUAUUCGCAUCUAUCUCUCUGUGCUCUCCCUCUUCCUGUAUGUCUUCACCAAGAUCUCAGCUGACAUGUUUUCCGGUGCAAUCUUCAUCAACCAGGCACUUGGCCUGAAUAUCUACCUCGCUGUUAUCAUGCUACUAUCCAUCACCGCCUUGUACACCGUCACAGGUGGAUUGGCUGCAGUGAUCUACACAGACACCCUACAGACCAUCAUCAUGGUUGUUGGAUCCUUCAUCCUUAUGGGCUUUGCCUUCAAUAAAGUGGGAGGCUAUGAGCAGUUCCAGGUGCGCUACAUGGAGGCAGUCCCUUCUCAGACGGCUAACAUCAGUGCAAGUUGCUACGAGCCUCGGGCGGACUCCUUCCAUAUUUUCAGGAACGCGAUAACGGGAGAUCUGCCGUGGCCUGGCCUGGUGUUCGGACUCACCAUUCAGGCCACUUGGUACUGGUGCACUGAUCAGGUCAUCGUCCAGCGCUGCCUCUCAGCUAAGAACUUAUCUCACGUGAAGGCCGGCUGCAUCCUAUGUGGCUACCUGAAGCUGCUGCCCAUGUUCCUCAUGGUUUUCCCUGGAAUGAUUAGUAGGAUCCUCUACCCCGAUGAGGUUGCGUGUGUGGAGCCAGAACUAUGUGAGCAAUACUGUGGGGCCAGUGUGGGCUGCACCAACAUUGCUUAUCCAAAACUGGUGGUGGAUCUCAUGCCCAAUGGUCUGCGAGGUCUUAUGCUGUCUGUGAUGAUGGCCUCACUGAUGAGCUCACUUACGUCCAUCUUCAACAGUGCCAGCACUCUCUUUACAAUGGACAUCUACACUAAGAUCCGCAAGACCGCCAAUGAAAAGGAACUCAUGAUUGCCGGCAGAGUGUUUAUCUUGGCCCUGAUUGGUGUGAGCAUAGCGUGGAUCCCUGUGGUGCAGUCGGCCCAGAGCGGUCAGCUCUUUGACUACAUCCAGUCCAUCACCAGCUACCUCACACCACCCGUUGCAGCCGUUUUCCUGCUGGCCAUCUUCUGCAAACGUGUCAAUGAGGCUGGUGCGUUUUACGGCCUCACUAUUGGCCUGCUCAUCGGCCUGUCCAGGAUGAUAGCCGAGUUUGCGUACGGCACAGGCAGCUGCGUCAAUCCCAGCAACUGUCCCACCAUCAUAUGUGGCGUCCACUACCUCUACUUCUCCAUCAUCCUGUUUGUGGUGUCCUGUAUCAUCAUCCUGGGCAUCUCUCUCAUGACAAAACCCAUCGCAGACGAACACCUGUAUCGACUCUGCUGGAGCCUGAGGAACUCGACGGAGAAGAGAGUAGAUCUGGAGGAGGACCAAUGGGUUGAAGACAACGAUUCGGACUCUUUGGAAUUAGAAGAAUCUGAGGAGGAGCCCGGCUUCUGCAAGAGGGCAGUGCUGCUCUUCUGUGGCCUGGAGCACAAAAAGGCCCCCAAGCUGAGUCUGGAGGAGCAGGCGGAGCUGCAGAAAGCGCUCACAGACACCUCGGAGAAGCCGCUAUGGAGGAACAUCGUCAACGCCAACGCCAUCAUCCUCCUGUGCGUGGCUGUUUUCUUCCAUGGGUAUUACAGUUAAAGAAACUCCACUCACUCCACUCACUCCACUUGCUAUACGGUAAUUUAUAUUUAAGUGACAGGAUUUUUGCAUGGCUGUAAUGUAUGAUUAAACAAAACAGUAAGUAUCUGUCGACACACAACUCUAACGCAAGAACUGUCUUCACCUGAAUUCUGCUCGUUGUAGUAGAAAUGUAUUUAUAUAAGAACUCGAUUAAAUAAUCAAAAGGCUUUUAGCAUUAGCAAUAAUGACAACACGUAUUCUUACUCAACCCAGUGACCGCUCAGCCACAGCAUUAAAUCUAGUUUCUAGUUCUAAUGAGUGUAAAUGCUUCUUUACAGUUUACAUGUGAGUGACAAACAAGUGACAUACCCCCCCCCCCCCCCCCCACGGCCCCUUUUUCUAAUAUUAUUGUCUUUUAUUUCGACAUGCUGCCCUAAAUCAUGGAAAAAGACAUCACAUGAUAAUUAAAACGCCUGUAAAUGACAUGUAACACAUUAUAAAUGUAGGUUUAUGUACAAAAUAUGGGAUUUUUUAAAUUCUUGACUAUUUCUGUAUUAGCUACCUCAUUCUACCGAAGGACUAUUUCCCCAUUAUGUGUGU